AUAACCAAACGUGAUAAGAAAAUUUGUUAUUUUUUAUUUUUUAAAUUUGUUGCAUCUUGGAAUACCAAAGGUCAUAAGCAAAUAGCAUGCUCAUUCAAUACAGCAGUUCGGCGCCGUUCCCCUAAUAAACUCUUCCUAAACCCUAUCUUUAUUCUCAAACCAAUUUCUCUUCUCCCAAUUUAUUUUGUAAAAUGGAAUCGUUUCUACAAUUUUCCAGGUUGUUGCAAUGGCUACCGUAAGAAAUGAUUUUGUUAAGGAAAUCAAUCCCUCUAAGGAAUCUUGGGACGUUGUUGUUCAGGUGAUUCGCUUAUGGUUUGUACCAGAUAUGAACUCGAAAGAAAAGUUUUUUGCGAUGGAGAUGGUUCUAAUGGAUGAGAAGGGUGACAAGAUUCAAGCUUCAGUUAGAAAAGCUCUGCUAUCUCGAUUUGAAAAUAAGAUACGUGAGGGAACGGUGUAUAAUUUCAAAUCUUUUGGUGUCGCUGCUAAUACCGGAGGAUAUAGGACCACAAAACAUCAAUUCAAGCUGAAUUUGCAGAAUGGCACGGUGGUUACAGAGGCUGGAGCUGGACAUAUAACAAUGUCCCCUUACUCAAUUGUAUCUUUCCCAGAGAUUGUUGGGAAAAUAGACAUGGACUACUUGAUUGAUGUUGUGGGAAUUCUGGCUUCGGUUGGACGUGAAAGAGUCUAUGAGAGGAAUCGUGUAACUACUAAGUAUAAGGUUAUUGAGUUAGAGUCCAAUGGUAUGAAGCUUGAAUGCACACUUUUUGGGCCAUAUGUUGCCGAGCUUGAUGCAUACCUCCAAUCAGGCAACCCGGAAAAUGUUGUUGUGCUUGCACAGUAUUUGAAAGUCAAAAUGUAUAAUGGAAAAAUUCAGUUGCAGAAUGCAAUGAAUUGUACCAAACUAAUGUUCAACCCAGAAAUUCCUGAAGCAAAUAGUUUCAAACUCAACGAUAACAUUGGAUCACCCACUCAACCAUUCAGUUAUAUGAAGGAUUCUUCUAAUUUGAGUUUAGAAGAAGAGUUCUUAAAUUUGAGUCAGCGGAAGACAAUUGAGGAACUAAAAGACUGUCAAAAUGAAAUGGUUUGUGUUGUUUUAGGCACAAUCAAACAUGUUAUUGGUGGGAAUGAUUGGUGGUAUGCUGCACAUGCCUGCAACAGGGGAGUUGUUGCAGAUUCCAAAAGGUUAUUCUGCCCUAAAUGCAAUAAGCAUGUUUGGACCAUUGUGCCAAGGUACCGUGUCAAACUUAGAGUGAUUGAUGAAACCGACUCUGCUACUUUCGUGCUUUUUGAUCGUGAUUGUUGUUUGCUGACAAAUAAGACAUGUUCUGAUUUGAUUGAGGAAAUGGAUCGUGAACUUGAGCCACCCAUUGUGCCUAAAGUCAUUGGUGAUUUGGUUGAACAAACUUUUCUUUUUAAGAUAGAUGUAAAGAAUGAUGUGAAUUCAAACUUUGAGCAGUCAUUUCGCGUCAAAAAAGUUUGUGCCGACUAAGAUAUUGUCACUAAGUUCAAAUCUGUUGUUAAGAAUUCUGCGGGUUUUGAAGAUGAUUUGGCCGAUGGUGUUGUUCAGAGUGAGAUGGCUUCUAUUGUUGUACAGGAUUUGAAUUCCAAAUUUGAAAACGUUGUUGCUGAGGAGAAAUGUGAAGAUAAUUGCUCACUGUCCAAACCUGUUGAAGUUGAAGAUGCAGAUUGCACUCCUGUUAAAAGGAGUUUUGUGGAACCAGCUGAUGAAAGCGAUGGAUCCAAUUCAAGAAUUCUGAAAAGCAUAAAGAUUGAGAAGGAAUGAUGGACUGGCUUCAUCAAUUUCACUGUUAUUUUGUUUUAUGCUUAGUUUUUUUAUUGAAAUGGAAGGCACCUUUCAUGGCCUAGACUUUUUUUAUUCUGGAUUUUGGGGUCAUGUGUUUCGACCAAAUUUGAGUUUUUGGGAUUUGUUUAUGUUUAUUUAUGCUACUCUCCUAUGAUUUGUUUGGAUUAAUUUCAGUUUGGGUAAUGCA